UCGAUUAUUUUUGAUGAAAAUUUUAAUUACCAUGAAAUUAACAUAAAAUUAAAUGUAAUUUACUAAUAUUGCUAGCGCUUAACUUAUUUCAUGAGUGAGCCGGCCGCCGACGAUUCGAAUUCUAGAAGAUUAUUUGCGUUUUGGUACUGUAACUAUUCAGAUCUCCGUUUCUAGCCCUCUUUCUUUUUCUCCCGCCCAUUCAUUCCAUGAGAGUGACGGAUAAGGUUUCCAAAUAAUGCUCUUCUUUCCGCCAUGGCUAUAAAUACACUUUGCUAUUUUGUAUCAUCGUUUUCCGGCUAGAUUUCUCCUGCAGGAUUGCGCGCAAUUAAUUAAUUUAGGCGGAAUGGAGAGAUUGAGCGCAGUCUCGUGCGUGAUUGUUUUGGGGAUUCUGUUCGGAAAUCGGAGCUCUCGAGCCUUCGAUUGGAAUGAAAUUGAUGCGGCGGCUCCGCCGGCCGGUGCUCUGAUGGUGAAUCUCAGUCUUAUUCAAGGAGCUGAUGCUGAAGGAGCUGUGUGUAUGGAUGGAACAUUGCCAGGUUAUCACUUCCAUCCUGGAUCCGGCAAAGGAGCCACCAACUGGCUUGUCUCAUUGGAGGGUGGCGGGUGGUGCAACGACAUCAGAUCAUGUGUUUUCCGCAAAACCACACGCCGUGGAUCCUCCAAAUUCUUCGAAAAAUCCAUUCCAUUCACAGGAAUACUCAGCAACAAACCUUCCGAAAAUCCAGAUUUCUACAGCUGGAACAGAGUGAAGCUCAGGUACUGCGACGGCGCUUCCUUCGCCGGAGACGCCGAAGACAAGUCCAGAGCCUUGCAAUUCAAAGGACAACGGAUAUUCGAAGUCGCCAUGGAAGAAUUCAUGUCGAAAGGAAUGCGAAAUGCCGACCAAGUUCUUCUCACCGGCUGCUCUGCCGGUGGUCUAGCAACCAUACUACACUGCGACCAGUUUCACGAUUUAUUUCCAAGUAACACGAAAGUGAAGUGCGUGAGCGAUGCAGGCCUGUUUCUCGACGCCACCGAUGUUUCUGGGGGAUGCACUCUACGAAAAUUCUUCAACGGGGUUGUAACCUUACAGGGAGUCGAGAAAAACCUGCCUAAAUAUUGUACCAAUCACCUCGAUCCAACUUCGUGUUUCUUCCCACAGAAUCUGAUUUCCAGCAUAAGAACUCCAUUGUUUGUUCUCAACUCUGCCUAUGAUCCUUGGCAGGUUCAAGAAAGCUUGACUCCACCUCCAGCCGAUCCUAAUGGCGAGUGGCGCGAUUGUAGAAUGAGGAUCGAAAAAUGUUCAGCGUCUCAGAUUCAAUUCUUGCAAGGCUUUAGGAAAGAAAUGCUGAAUGCCGUCAAGGGAUUCGAAGCAUCACAAGAAAGUGGGAUGUUCAUCGACUCUUGUUUUCUUCACUGUCAGUCGGAGACGCAAGAUCGGUGGCUCGGAGAUGGCUCUCCCGCCAUUGACAACAAGGCGAUCGCGAAAUCGGUGGGAGAUUGGUAUUUCGAGAGAGCAAGCGUGAAGGCGAUAGACUGUCCAUAUCCAUGCCAUAAUUCUUGCAACAAGCUCUGAACUGAACUCAACUGGUAAAUUAUUUAUUUAUUUAUAUAAUGUUCAGAAUUGAAUUCUUUUGAUUGCAACUUGGUUUUUAGGUUCCAAGUAUAUAUUGUCUAAGAACAUGCUAUGCAGCUUCCUUUUCGAUUAUUACCUCCUAAACACAAUAAAUUGAAGUUAAAAAA